GUGGGAGUGAACCGCUCCGCCGGAUGUACAAACUUUAUCCUCUUCUGGUGAAAACGUUUUAUGGUUGAAGCCAUGGAGUGCCUCAAAGACUGCUGCAAGAACUUUGUGAAGAAGAAGGGGAAGGAGCAGGAGAUGCAGGUGAUCGCUCUGAAGAUGCCUCCGAACAAGGCGGCGGCGUCCCGAUGGGAGCCGGAUGAAGGGAAACGGGGCGUCACAGAAGACUACCUCCUGUCCAAGCUGCCCCCUGAUGGCAGAGAGGUGCCGUUUGUCCUGCCCACCUUCAAGGCCUCCUACAUCCAACCCAGAGGCUCCCGCUACCCCAAUCUACAGGCCGGUCCACAGAGUUCGGCCCGGUGCACGUAUGCAGAGAGGAAAGCAGAGCUGCAGGGCACCAGUCAGUUCACCUACAGCCCCGAGGCCAGCUUCCAUCAGGGUCAGCUGGCCGGGUACAUCUCCCCCGGAUCCACCCACCGCACCACGCUGAAGAACAAAGACGCCGGUCCCCAAAGUCCAGGCUGGACUCUGAAGCCGGGCGGCGAGCAGCGACUCAGCAGCUCCAUGUUUGAUCUGUCCAGCCCUCAGAGUCACAUGCAGCGCUUUGACUCCGUCUCCAGCGUCCUCAGCAGCACGUCAUCGAGGAUCGGCUCCAUUGAAAGCAGCCUCGACUCCAUCACGCUGUCUGGGGAUGAGCGUGAGCUGGGGAAGGUGUGCGUCAGACUGAGCUACCAGGAGGCUCUGGAGCAGGUGUGGAUCACCGUGGUUCAGUGUUCAGACCUCAGCGCUCCGGAUGGAGUGGAACAACAAAAGAUUGGAUUCAAAGGGAUCAUCACCAUCCCCAAACCCAUACAGUUCAAGAGCUCGAUCAAGGAGUACCGACAGGAUGUGUCCUUCAUGGAGACCUUCGUGUUUGCGCUGCGUCUCCAGCAGUUGCGCUGUAGUGCGUUGGUGCUGCGGCUGCAGACGCACAACCCCAAGAAACGUACGGUGGCGGAGUGCGUCCUCUCCCUGCGGCAGCUCGGCCCUCAGGAGGUCGAGCACUGGCUGGACCUGAACCUGAAGUCCAAAUCCUCUGUGUGCCUCUCUGAGCUGCAUCUCACCACCUGCUUUCAGCCCGUCAACGGACGCAUCCAGCUCCAAGUCCUCGCCGCCCAAAACCUCCCAGCGUCCUCCUCCCCGCUCACCCAAGGGUUCUUUGUCAAAGUGGAGAUGCACCAGUUGGGGCGGGUGGUGAUGAAGAAGAAGACUCGCUUCCUGAAGGCGUUGGGGGGGCAGUGUAAGUGGAAGGAGACUUUUCACUUCCUGCUCGCGGCGUUAGAUCACGCCUGCUCGCUGUCAGUCAAACUCUACAGCCGGAGCUCGGUGAGGAGGAAACAGUGUCUCGGACAGGUUCAGCUGGGCUUCAAAAGUCCGGUCCCAGACGCAGUGGAGCAGUGGAAGGACACCAUGGCUCACCCGGAGAAAGUGGUGUCUGCGUGGCACAGGCUGAGCGCUGCCUGAACCUCCUCCUUCACUACGGACGUGCUGCAGAGUCGACCGGGCGGACUGUAAACUGCUGAGCGUGCUCUGAACGCCCGCUUGUAAAUAGGGGUUUCGAACAAAGUGUAAUUGCUGGAGAAGUUUCUUUCUUGGUGGUUUUUGUGUAGAAAUGUUUUCUUUAAAAGUGUCGAGCGUUUGCUUAUUAACUGAAACUCAACUUCUUAGCAUUCAGCUGUACAUAAUGCUGUGUUCUGUAACAGGUGUUUACAGGUGUUUCAGCUGGUUAGAACGUUUACAAGCAGAGAAGGUCACUAUAAAGCAAAGUCAGAGCGUAAGACCGUCUUACAGGAUGAGGCUGAUGCUGGUUUAUACUUUUCUUAUUGUCAACAAACCUAUAAAAAGAUCCAAACGAACACAACGCUCUGGGUCCGACUUCCCCACCUGUCUCUGGUACGUUUAAUGAAAUCUUAAGUAAAGAGUAUAGUUUACAUUGUGUUCAUUUGCACGUCAUCAUUUCAAGUGUUAAUUGUAAAAAGAAAUGUUAUUUGGUUCCAACUGAAGACAUAAAACCUGAGUCCUGAAUCCAGAGUUUAAUUGUUCCCAUAAAGGCUCUGUAAUGUCCUGCAGUGUUCAGCAAACAUAUCGUAAACACUGACAUAUCAGGACGUAUUUAAGAACGUAUUUAAGAACCUGUUAGCAGCUGUGAACGUCCAACAUUCGCUCUCUUUUUGCUCUGUUUUUGGUCUCUACCACCUUCUGUCGUCUCUUUAGCUGCUAAAUGCUCCACGCAGGUUUCUAGCUGUGUGCUGAUGCUGAGGAGGUUCUGUUCAGAGGCUUUUAGAGCUGCUUCACCGAGAACAGCUGCCUGCUGCGGCUGGAAACACCACGAGAGUGAACCAGAACAGGACAAAAAGGUUCAACUCAACAUGAGGUUGAGGGGAGCCGAAGAGUCCGGUUAUAGUUCUCUGUUGGUUCAUCAGCAUCUUUUGAAAAGUCGAAUUUCAUCAAGUGGAGCGAAUUAACUGGGCUGCAGCGUAGUUUCCCUAGAGGUUGGUGCUAUAAAACACGCUUUGCGCACGCCUGCAGUCCUCCAACACAGAAGAAGAAGCAGAUGUUGAUGCCGUGAGCUCUUCAGGAAUUAGUUUCAGUUCUUCAUGUCGGUAAAUAUUGAUCCCGUGCAUGCAACUGCCAAUGCAAUGAUUGUAAUGCUCGCACGGGCCGGUCAUGUGAGUUUAACGUUCGCUACGUCAGAACUUAUUCUGCAAAGGUGUGUCCGUAUCCCAUUUAGUGCAUCAACUCUCGACAAAGGCAAAACAACACCUGAAGUGAGGAAGCAAAAUGAAGGAAGUUUUAUGGAAUUCAGCUGUUUCUGUGCAGCUUUUGUGAAGCUCUACUUCAGUUUGUGUGCAGAGACAUAUGUGAAUAUCCGUUAUAGUCGCUUUACAAUGGAGUAAAUAGCAGCAUUGGAAUAUGUGGGGACUAUUAUUGCGGAUUAAUACACAUUUGCUCUGUUCGCGAGUGUUUAUGGCAGCAGCACGCUGUGAACACGGCAGUCUGUGGCUCACUGGGGUUUUUAUUGACAAUAAGAUAAAUAUAGAACUUAUCUUUUAGUGAGCUCAAAGUUGUUAUUUUUAACUAUGUAGGACGUCAUGCGACACAGUAGCAUCAAACCGUAGCUGUACGCUUUUGAUAAAAGCACUUUAAUGUUUUGUAUUUCAUGUAUUGAUGGAAGGUUUAGAGAUUAAAAGUUAGUGUGUGUUCACUGCA